ACCUGAUUUAAAAUGUAUUCCCUACAGAAUAAGAGAGAAAAGGCGCACACAGACUCAAUCUGGGCCUGUGAUUGGGGCGUGCUCGGGGGCACGCCCCCUGAACCUGUUGAGGGGGAGGAGUUGCCCGCCCCUAGGGAAGAGGAAGAUAUUAUAGUGACCGGAUCUCUGGAUGAUACUGUAAAGAUCUGGAAUUAUAAGAACGGAGAAGUCGAAGUCAGGCAUAAGUUGACGGACCAUAGUUUGGGUGUUGUUAGUGUAUGUAUCAGUAAGGAUGGAAGUAAGGUGGCAAGUAGCUCCCAGGAUUCUGCUAUUCAUAUCUGGGAUAUAGAGUCAGGGGAGAAAAUUAAAACAAUUGAGAAUGGUUCUGGGGAAGUGUGGACAGUUCAAUUUAGCCCUGACGGUCAGUUUAUAGCUAGUGGAAAUCAAUCAGGACGGGUCAACCUAUACAGUUUAGAUACAGCCAAGUUAACCGAUCAGCUAGACACGAAAAGAGAGAAAUUCAUCCUGUCAAUCGCAUUUUCUCCUGAUGGCCAGUAUCUGGCGAGUGGAGCUAUUGAUGGCAUUAUUAACAUUUUUGAUAUGGAGACUAAGAAAGUUAAACACUCCCUGGAAGAGCACGCUAUGCCGAUCAGAACAAUUGCUUUCAGUCCAGACUCGCAGAAAAUAUUGACAGGUUCUGACGACGGACACAUCAAGCUUCUUGACGUAUCUAAUGGUACACUUGUCGGAACUAUGUCUGGACAUACUAGCUGGGUUCUAUCCGUAGCAUUUAGUCCUGAUGCCGAACAUUUUGCAAGCAGUAGUUCGGAUCAUAGUGUCAAGAUUUGGGAGAUUUCAAGUAGACAAUGCGUUCAUACCUUUAACGAACACACUAGUGAGGUGUGGGGUCUCAAGUACAACAAGGAUGGUAGUCGUCUAGUCUCCAUAUCAGAAGACGAAUGUAUGAACAUCUACUCAAUCCCGGUUUAAAAUAUUCCGGUUUUCAUACAACACUUUAUUCUUUCAGA